GAGAGGGAGAGAGAACGGAGAGGAGGGAGGCAGGGAGGGAGACCAAACCCCCGCUUUACUGCGUUGAAAGCUCCUGAAUUUCAAGCAGAAAGUAGAAGGAGCCCCAUACGGCAAUGAGCGUCUUUCCUUGGGCUGCGUGUGCACAGCGUAGACAAUGAAACUCUCCAUCCCCCUCCCCCAUUCCCGCUAGGCUAGAGAUUCUUGUUUUCGUUCCUUCUCCACGGUGGAAGACGUGUUCAAUCAAAUACAUAGAGAUGUGUUGAUUUUUACACAAACAAACAAACAAACGGGCCGAGAUGCGGAUUACCCACAGGCGCGCCGGCUGGGCGCGUUCUGGGGUCUCUGCAUUAAGACCGGCUCUCCGCGCUCUCUCCCUUCCUCGGACGCUGGAGCGGGAGCUGGCCUUUCCCUCGGGCGGACCGCGCCGUAGGGGACGCCGUGAAAAGAGCCGCUGCGCCCGCUGCCUCCAGCCCGCUGCGCAGAGGGCUCCGCCCGUAGAGGUCAACUCCCCUCAUCCCUUCCUCUCUCUUCUCGCCCUCCCUCCGCCCGGCCAGGCGCCGCCAGCCUCCCGACUCUUGCCGCAGUCUGAGGAGUGCGCGUCCGCUGCGCUACCCCGAACUGAACCCCGAACCCGGCCCAGACCCGAGGUCGGCGCUCCCAGGCAGAGGGGAAGCCCUAGCCAGCAGCCUUUUCUCUCUGCAGCAAACCCGUAGCCAGACCAGAUGGGCCGCCCAGCUCUCUUGGGACUAGGCAGGUGCGGUUGAGUUAAUUUUUCCGCAUUACAAAGAAAGAUGACCCAGGCCGCCCUUGGACUCUCAUCUUUGCCCCAAAUCUCGCAACUAAAACCGCGGUAACGUAAUCAGAGGACACAGAGAACGGGCAUAUCUGUGUGUGUAUCUUACUUGCACACACGCGUGCUGAUUUUCCCUUUUGUAAGCUAGAUUUCAUCCCCGACAGCAAGAAAUGAUUGGCAAAGGUUUCUGCAUCGGAACAUGCAAUGGCGAGGUCCUUAAAAACCUGCCAUUCCUUACAAGUGCCUUAGUAGGGAUUCAGGGCAAACCAGCUGGGUUAAUUGCCUCCAGUAAAAUAACACGAUUACAAAAUUAGAUCUGUACCAGAGGGGUAAUUAACUUGAUCCACGCCGUCAUUUGAAAACUAGAUUUAUAGGUGUAUGUAUGUGUUUAGGUGUGUAGUAAAUGGCGUGCAGAUAUAUGCAUAUGCAUACGCAGACGCGUGCAUCCUCUACUCUUGCACGGAACAGCCUAAUUAACAGGGAUUCUGGCAGAUGUGGCAGGAGGCGAGCUGAGACAGGAGCUGGGCUUAUGAGUUAUGACUCUGGGGGUAAGGACUCAGAGCUGGAGGCGGGGGAUGAGCAAGGAAAGAAGUGUGGUAGUUACAGUGGGUCUGUUAUUUUCAGGAUCAAGAUCAGAGACUCUGCCCUCCGUGUUCACAGCGGACCUUGAUUUAAUGUCAUACAAUUAAGGCACGCGGUGAAUGCCAAGAGCGGAGCCUACGGCUGCACUUGAAGGACACCAGAGCAUCUCAGGGUCAGGCAGGGGGAAAGGCAAUUGCAGGGGAUUUGAGCGGGUGGUAGAAUGAACCCAGCCCUUGCCCCAUAAAGCCACCAGAAUUGAUUCCAGAAUCAGCCAACUGUUCGAAAGUGAAAGGCUCAUACUUUUCAGCUGGAGCCUCAGAAAUCUGCAAGUGAAUCUCCAAAGGGGAUUUUAGGGUAGCUACAUGGACAGCUGUCAGGAAAGCAGUAGUUCCCGUAUGUAUAAAUAUUCUAGAGAGUUGAAGCAUUUGGAAAGCACUGGUUCUUCCAAGCACCGGUAGUGCGAUUGUCUGCAGUCCUGGGCCAAGCUGGGAGAACACAGCAGAAGAGAGAGAGGAGUAUAACAUUAAAUGGCUCCUUGACCAUAUUGCACAGGAAACCUCAAACGGUUCAACUAUUGCGGGAAGAUCGGAACAACACCCAAUGCCCUCAUUCCCCCUUGACUUUUCCUCUUCCCAGUCUUGAGUCGUCCUUGACUGGUUUUAAAAUGCAAAGAUAAGUUUCUUGUUUUGGCACUGUCGCAGUGGCCAAAUCGGUCAAAGAACUAGGAUAAGAGAAAAGGACCAGGUCAGAAACUUUAGAAGGACCCGGUAAAUUAAUUUAUUUGGAAGCCAGUGAGAUGGACUAUAUGUUAAGGUAGUAGUUCCGCACCAGGGCCUUGGAGUCAAAGAAAAACCCAGGCCGAGAAAGCCAGCAUUGAUAGAUGUCUUUGUUCUGCCUUGCCCUGCAGGGGCUGGAAACAAAGGAGAGGAGCUAAGAGGAUGCACCAAAGUGGCCGCGCCCUCAGCGCCUGGCGCUGUCCGCGGUGCUGACCGUGACCCUCUUCCCUCUCCGUAAUUAAACUAGAAAAGCAAGAGGACCAUCCCACCCCCACCCAAAAUAAUAAUAGGAUAUUAGGUUAUUUGCAAAAUAAAAAUUAAAAGGAAGGAAAGGCCACACACGGCGGAGCAAUAUUUCACAGAAAUAGUUCACUCUAGCUGUCGCCACACUUGGCUAGUACUUUUCAGUCUUCACGUAGGUAUGCACACGUACAGUCAGUAUACUGGAAAGAAUUUUCAGUUUGUUUCCGCUGAAACCCGAAUCUCAGCAGUGGGAAGGACUUGCAAGAAGGAGAUUGAGGAGAAUGAAGUCUUUUAUUAUUAUUUUUCUUUCUUUCUUAAAUCAUCUUCCUUAAAACAUAGAAACAUAAGGUUCUGAGCUGUGGAUCUUAGUGCUGAUGUGGUCACCAUAGGGACUUGCGACGGACUCACGUGUGAGCCUCAAGGCUUACCAGGAAGGGAUGGGACGGGGGACGGACUAGGUGAGGCAGGGCAAGAGCCCAGGCAGCCUGCCACCCUGGGUCAGGCUCUUAGCAGGACAGCCUUCCUAGGCGGGUCCCAAGAACAGAGCUCUGCAGACGGCUGGAGUGCGGACGAGCCUGCUCCGCACGUCCCCGCCGGCGGGCGGCACUGGCAGGCCGGGAGGCCUGAAACCGCACUGCGGAAAAACAGACCACAGCAGCUUCCUUCUCACAGCUCCCCCGACAGAAAGAGGCAGAGCGCUUUUCUGUAGCUUAUGCAAUGAAGAGAUUUGCUUUAGGAGUCAGGGUCGGAUGGGUCAGUAUUGAUAUAACAUGUCAACACAUCUUUAAAUUUCUCAGCAUAUUUCAUCGCCCUCAGCUAGAUAUUGAGAGCAUUAAAUACAAACAAUAAAAAUUUAAACUCCCUAACUAAUGAAUCAAAAUGGGAAGGGAAAGAGAGAAAAGGAAAACCAACCCAUUCGAACCCAGCGCUAGGCUGUCAAAAGAAAUUGCUGUGCGUUUGCUUGCAUUUGUUUAUAAAUUCACAAACAUAAACGCUGUUAAAAGUUAAUAACAGGUAAAAUAGUUCAGAUUGGACAGUAGAGGCAGCAGCACCGAUUUUGAUGCAUAGCUUGGCAAUGACCUAAAAGAGAUGUUUUCAAUGAUUCCUUCUUUUGCACCUGAUGGACAUGUGUCAAAUGAUUCAUGAAAUAAAGCGGCCAGUCGCAAUAUCCUCCGCGUGCUAUCUCCUUGCCCCCUCGCUCAGGGCGGAUUUAUUUUUUUUUUUUUUUAUGUCCUCGGAUUUUAUACCUUACAAGUUAGCUGUUUCACAUCCACUGGUUACUUUGGUUGAUACCUAAUGUUAUACAAUUUGACAAUGAGUAGGUAAAGCACACUGGAAAAUAGAGGCUACUCAAAUGACAAAAGGAAAGAGUAGGGAAUAUUCCUCUUGUGCCAAUUAAAAGCAGCCACUGGAAAUUGAAAUGAGUUUAAAGCAUUACACGUUAUCAUGGAAGCCAUGAUUUCCUCCCAGUAUUCAUCCAAUCGCGCUGAUCUCCUGCGUCCACACCGACGUGUAUAAUUCACAAAGCAACAAGAGUUGAAGGCUGCAAAAUAGUCCUACCGGAGUUCUGCUGUCAUUCAUAUUAACUAACAGGAACACACCUAAUCCCCCUCAUCCUAAUCCUACCUGUUUAGGACAUUCUAAACCCGUCCGUCCUUCGGAAAGCUUAAUCAGUUUAAAAAUUACUUU